AAUGGGAACUUCCUCAAAUUUGUUGAAUAUCUAGCUUUGUUUGACCCGCUUAUGGAUGAGCAUCUUCGCAGGAUUAAGGACCAGGAGAUGCAUGUACAAUACUUAGGGAAAGACAUACAGAAUGAGCUUAUUCAGCUUCUAUCCAAUGCCAUCAAACAAAAAAUCCUAGCAUCUGCUCGUGCUGCAAAAUACUUUUCGAUCAUUCUAGAUUGUACACCAGAUGCAGGUCACGUUGAACAAAUGACCAUGAUCAUUCAAUUUGUGGAUAGGCCUACUUCAGAGACGGAGAAUGAGACUGAAUCAGUAUGCAUAAAGGAACACUUCUUGGGAUUUGUGUCGCUUAUGGAGACAACUGGAGCUGGUAUGACAGAAACUAUUCUUCACCAGUUAGAAGAGAUGUCAUUGCCUAUAGAAAACUUGUGUGGUCGAGGCUACGACAAUGGGAGCAAUAUGAAAGGGAAAGAAAAUGGUCUUAGUGACAUCUAUGAUGCUCUGAUAGACAUCUAUGAAGACACUACUCUAACACGAUCAUCUGGCAAUAUGUCACGAGUUGAUGCAAAGGCUCUUACAAGCCAUUUCUAGUUUUUUGUUUCUCUUGUUUUGUGGUAUGACAUAUUGUUUGAGAUCAACAUGACUAGCAAACAACAUCAGGCAAAAGAAUUCGACAUAUGUGAUGCCAUUAAUCAACUUGGAGAAACGAAGAAGUUUCUUGUGGGCUGCAGAAGUGACGCAGCCUUUGAGAAAACAUUGGUAGAUGCAGGUGAACUUGCGGAGGAGUUUGAUGUACCGACACUUUUUGAACCAGAUCCAAUCCAUAUUAGAAAGAAGAGGAAGCAGUUCACAUAUGAAGCAGAUGACAAACCUAUUUAUAAUCCGAAAGAAAAAUUCAAAAUGAACUUUUACUUUGCAGUCAAUGACACAGCAAUACAUUCAGUUGAAGAAAGAUUCACAUUGAUGCAGCAAAUUAGUUCAGUAUUUGGCUUCAUAUAUGAUGUUCACAGUUUGCAAAAUAAAACACCAAAGCAAAUUAUGGAACAUUGUUUGAAUCUGGAGCAAGCUUUGCAACAUGGUGAAUCCAAAGAUAUUGAUGCCUUUGACUUGUGCAGCGAAUUGCACGCUAUUGCAAGAUGAGUCCAAAGGAGUUGAUCACCGCAAGAUGUAUUGAACUUCAUAUGGGAAAAUAAGCUGACAGAUAGUGUCCCUAACACAGUUAUUGCUCUUCACAUCCUCUUGACUCUCCCAGUUUCUGUGGCCAGUGGUGAGCGAAGCUUCUCGAAGCUCAAGUUGAUAAAAACAUACAUGCGAACAUCUAUGUUGCAAUAAAGACUUGUUGGGCUAUCUAUCUUGUCAAUAGAACAUGACAUUGCUCACAGCAUUGACUUGGAGGAACUUGUUUCUAAAUUUGCUAAACUUAAAGUGCGGAAACAUAAAUUCUAAAUUAUAACAUGUUAUUCUGUGACAGUGUAUUGUGUAUAAUGUAUGUGAUUUAUUUUGUGGCGGGGGGCGCAAGGUGGAAGUUUCGCCUAGGGUGCAAAAUAUCCUUGCACCGGCCCUGGCUAUAAUGGCAAGGAACAGAUGUAAUUCAUAUGAAUCAGGAAAGAAAACAAAGUCUAUCUUUGUUGUGAUCUACUGAUUAUUUAACAGGACUGGGAAUCAGGACUCAAGGGUCUCAGCCCUAGACAAAAGAUUUUGCUAAACUGGGAUUAACACUAAACUUGUAUCAAUAAUAUAAGGAAAAUAAUCCAAACCUUUCAGAUCAAUAGAUGAGCCAGAGCUACGAAAUUCAGAUCCAGAGUUUGAAAACUCCCAAAUGGCAGGAGUGUUUGGUUCCAGAGUUUUGGUUUAGCCAGUCGUAGAGAAUGGAACCAUCCAUUAUAGUUUGAAUCUGUGAUCUAGCACCCCUCCCCUACAAAAGUUCAGUGAUGCUCAGAUCAAAUGGCCUGGCUUGGACCUAUCUCUAAUUAGAGUUAUAACUUCUUUAAAAAUAAAACAUUUGAAAUCCAAAAACACUCUAAGUUAAGAUCGCCCUAAAACGAGUAAAGGCCUGAACAUUGGAAAUGCAGAGUUAUGCGGCCAGAUCCUCAGCUGGUGUAAAUUGGCCUAGUUGCAUUGACUUAUUUGGUGCUGCACCAAUUUACACCAGCUGAGCCUCUGGCCCAUUUCUCAAAAAGGAGUAAUUCUAUCUCUUCACCCCUUCACUCUGCACACCACUGGUCCUAGCCUGUCUUUCAUGUUUUGUCAAAUGACAUACCCUUGGCUCUGAAUCUAGGAUUAGCAUCCAAUAUCUGAAAAAUGGACAGCGUUAAGAUAGAUAUUGGGUUGUCUUUCUCAGGCUUCUGUUGGAAUGCUGGACCCAGCUGGAUUCCUUUCAGCUAAGAACAAGUUAUCUCCAAUUCUCAUGCACUUUCUCCUUGACAUCGUUCCAGAGGAAUUCAACUGCCUUGAUGUUUCACAGAGAUGCACAGUAGCAUUGUCAGGGAGAGGACCAUGCAGCCAUUGCUGUACUCUGAAACAAGGCAUGGCAUGUACUGCCUUCCUUUCUGCCAUGCUAGCUUCUGACAAUGGCCUCUGCAGAAGAGUUUGGGGAUCCUGAGCCCCACUCCAACAUCUCUUGACAAAUCUAGCAGUGCCAGCAGUGGCACUAGGUUAAACCUGUUUUUCAAGGAUGUUUGACACUUUAUGGGAACUCUGGGAAGGUGACCGUGCUAGCCCUAAUCGUAUCUUUUUACACUCAUUUUAAAUGUUAAGUAAAUCUGGUUUUCAUGAGGUUUUUAUUUAUAGCUAAUGUGUUCUGUUUCUAACGUGGCUGGGUACAUGUGUAAAAUGUUUAAAUCACAUUAAACAUACCCAAAAUAUAAUAUCCUCCAUGCUGGUAUCUUGGCCUUAUUCAACCAUAUCAAACACUAGCUACCAGUAUCAAGUGAGAUUGCUCUUUUAAAAAAAAAAAGAUCUCACAUCUGGGUCAAAUAAACUCUGCAUAAUUAGUAAAUAUCUUGUUCAUCUCUCUGUUACCUGCAACUUGAGAGCUCUUCUCAUCUUUGAUAGCAUUAAGACCAACAUCUCAUUGUUUACAUUACUUCAGUCAAUAUGUCAAUAGCGUACCCAGUUUCUCUCACCCUCCCGAUAAACGGAUCCUUACCAAAAAACUGCAGGUUCAGCUUUUCCAUGCAAGAUCUUGUGUUAAACAUAUACUUGGCAUCCAGAAGCUACACAACAAUGCUUUCCUGUUCAGUGCUCUGUAGUUAUGUCAUCUGUACCUUUCUUUUCCUUAAGUUAAUUUGUUCUUGUAAUUUGAGUUUUUUUAAUUUGCUGAGGCACGAGGUGAUCUUGUGAUUUAAAGAAAUUUGUCUAGAACAUGAGAUAUUACCCUCUAUUCCAUUUUCUUAAGCCAUCUGAGUUUAUGAAGGUUAAACCUGGUAAAAGCUACAGAAAUACAAAUUUCACAAGUUAGAAUGGGAACUGUCCUAUACUUCAUGCCAAAGAUGCAAGGUCUGACAGCUGCUUAAGGAGGCUAUGCAGUUCAGAGUUGCACUAGCUUGUCGUUUCAGAGCUAUUUUUAUUAUGCUAUAAUGGGAAACAAACUUAAUU